GGGACUGGGAGCAGAGAGGUAUAAAGGAGACAGUGAAGGAGUGUGUUGAACAGAGUGAAGAGCAGAGCUGGAGGAGGAGAGAGACUUCUACACAAAAUAACAGGAUAGCGAACUCAAGAAGGAGUUCCGGCUAUUGGACUCAAUCUUUCUUUUUUGGAGCUCCUGGUGUGAAACGCACAUAACCAGAGGUGAAAGUUCAAGGGCCAGAGGUGGCGACAGAGAGUGAAAAAUGUCACUGAGGCAACUUCUCCUCAUCCUGGGAAUCACUGCAGCCACUGUUGUUACUGGUCAAGUGUCAUGGAGAACGGACAACAGAGAGUCUGGACCUGAUGUCUACAAUUCUGAUGGAAACGAGUGGACCACGUGGUUCAACGUUGAUCACCCCGGAGGUCGUGGAGACUUUGAGCAGCUGGAGGCCAUUCGCUUCUAUUACCGUGCACGAGUGUGUGAGACACCACGGGCAAUCGAAGCCAGAACCACCGAAUGGGUCCCAGCCCGUGAGACGGGGGAGAUGGUCCAUGCGGAUCCCACUGUGGGCUUCUGGUGCCUCAAUGAGGAGCAAGGUCCAAACCGCAACUGCUCCAACUAUGCAGUCCGCUUCCUCUGUCCCAAAGAUAUCAGUGUGAACAUUCAGAGUACCUGGGGCCCGUGGUCAGACUGGAGCCCUUGCCCCGCCGCCUGCGGUCAAGUGGGGGUCCAACUUCGCUCCAGAAACUGCCAUUCUCGCUCCAUGCCUUGCAGUGGGCCCAAAGUAGAAGAGAACGCGUGCAGUGGACCUGAGUGCCCAAAGACAGAUUGUUCCCUGCAGUGUUUGAUGGGGAGGGUGAAUGCUGAGUGUGACGCGUGCAUGUGUGAACAGCACAUCCUGUUGGGUUCUGUACGUGGUGCUGGAGGUCUCACUGCUGAGGGGGCUACGAUCCUUCACUCUGGCAAGCUCCUUACCCUUACUGACCACAACGGACAUUUCCGCAUCCCUGGUAUCUGCCCUGACGGCAACACCACGCUGACAGUCAGCCUGCAGGGUCAUGCCACCCAGAACAUUUUGGUGCCCAACAGCGCUGAACGCACCUCUGUUCUCAGUGUCCAGCUGAAAAGAAUAGAGAAACUGCGUGUGUUGAGCAACCCUGAGAGCAAGGCCAGGAGGCAAGGACAAACUGCUGCCUUCUGCUGCAAAGUGAUGGGAACACCACAGCCAGACAAGUACCAAUGGUUUCAUAACAACAGUCUCCUAGAGAAGCAGACUGAGGACACUUUGGUCCUAAAAGAUCUGCAUCCUGAGCAGGCUGGGGAGUACUUCUGCAGAGCAAGUGGUCCAUCUGGAGUGAUCAGGACUAAACCAGCUACACUCAAACUCCUAGGUAGAAAUGAGCAUUCAUGUAACCCCGAGCCUGAGUCCCACCACAUCCGUCUUCCACAUGACUGCUACCAAAACAGCACAGACUCGUUCUACUACGAUGUGGGCAAGUGCCCUUCAAGUACAUGUGCUGGGAAGCUGGACAACGGCAUCAGGUGCAAAGACAAAGUGGCUUACUGCUGUGGUGUGGAAAAGAUGGAGGAGAGGCAGAUCACAUGCCAGGGCUACCAACUGCCCACCAUGGUGGUGACUGAGUGUAGUUGCCAGAAAUGUGUGGACACCAAGGCUAUUGUACACGGUAGGGCCAUUGCUGCAGAUAAUGGUGAGCCAAUGAGGUUUGGCCAUAUCUUUAUGAAUGGAGUCAGAAUGAGCCGCACAGGCUACAAAGGGACCUUCUCCAUUCAGGUCCCUCCAGACACAGACAGGCUCGUCUUGACUUUUGUGGACAACAUGCAGAAAUUUGUCAACACCACAAAGGUACUUCCAUUUAAAACCAGAGGAGGGGCAGUUUAUCAUGAGAUCAAACUUCUAAGAAAGAAAGCACCCAUCACCAUCAGCUCCAUAGAAACCAACACUCUUGAGCUUGGGGAGGUGGAGGACCAGGAAGCCAUGGUUCACAUCCAGAUUCCUCCCCAUUCCUUUUAUAAGGAGAACGGAGAAGUCUUCACGGGUAACGUCAACGCUAGUGUAACAUUUCUCGACCCAAGAGAUCUCUCAACAGCUACUGUGGCUCAAAGUGAUCUCAAUUUUAUAGGAAAUGAGGGAGAUACCUUACCGCUGAGAACCUAUGGUAUGUUCUCAGUUGACUUCAGGGCUGAGGAAAGCAAUGAGCCUCUGAAUGCAGGCGAAGUCAAGGUGUUCCUGGAUUCUGCUCAGGUGAAGAUGCCUGAGCACCUCAACACCAUGAAGCUGUGGUCACUGAAUCCUGAUACUGGCCUGUGGGAGGAGGAAGGAAGUCUGCAGGUGGAAAAGAAAAGAAGAGGCAAACGGGAGGAGAGAACCUUCCUGAUUGGCAACAUGGAGAUCAGAGAGAGACGGUUGUUUAACCUGGACGUCCCAGAGAACCGCAGGUGUUAUGUCAAAGUGAGGGCCUUCCGCAGUGAGCGCUUCAUGCCCAGUGAGCAGGUGGAGGGAGUUGUUAUGAGUCUCAUAAACAUGGAGCCCACUGCUGGCUACUCCUCAAACCCACGAGCCUGGGGACGAUUUGAUAGUGUCAUCACUGGCUCUAACGGUGCCUGUCUUCCUGCCUUCUGUGAUGAACAAAAAGCUGAUGCAUACUCCGCCUAUGUCAUGGCCAACCUUGGAGGGGAGGAGCUGGAGGCUGUCGCUUCCUCUCCCAAACUCAAUCCCAACCUGAUAGGAGUGCCCCAACCUUACCUGGGUAAACUGAACUACAGGCGGACUGACCACGGUGACCCCAGGGUAAAGAAAACAGCAUUCAGCAUCAGUGUGGCAAAACCGAGUGCCAACGCAGCCGAGGAAGGAAACGGACCCGUGUACGCAUUUGAGAAAUUGAAAGAAUGCGAGGAGGCCCCAUUCAGUGCGGCACACUUCCGGUUCUCAAGAGUGGAAGGAGACCGCUAUGAUUACAACACAGUGCCAUUCAAUGAAGAUGACCCAAUGAGCUGGACAGAGGACUACCUAAGCUGGUGGCCCAAGCCCAUGGAAUACCGGGCCUGCUACAUUAAAGUCAAAAUCAACAGUCCACACGAGAUCAACGUGCGGUCCCGCAACAUGGGUGGCACCCACCCUAAGACCGUGGGCCAGCUGUAUGGCCUCAGAGACACUCGCAGCAUCCGUGACAUGGACCAGGCGACUAUGUCGGCUGUGUGCUUAGAGUUCAAAUGCAGCGGGAUGCUGUAUGAUCAGGAACGUGUCGAUCGUUCCCUGGUGAAAGUGAUUCCACAAGGGAGCUGUAAGAGAGACCUUGUCAAUACAAUGCUCCAGGAGUAUCUGGUCAACCACCUGCCCCUCGCCGUCAACAAUGACACCAAUGAGUUCACAAUGCUAGCACCUCUCGACCCUCUGGGCCACAACUACGGAAUUUAUACAGUGACAGACCAGGAUCCCCGCACGGCCAAAGAGAUUGCACUAGGACGCUGCUUUGAUGGCUCCUCCGACGGCACAUCUCGUGUCAUGAAGAGCAACGAGGGUGUGGCACUGACGUUCACCUGCGGAGAUCGUGAGGUGUCACGCCAGAGUGUUUUCCAGUCUGUGCAAAAUUCUCAAGGUCAGACAGCGACAAGUGUUGUGAGAGAAGGCAGACAGAACCGACGCCGGCAGCGAGCCAAUGCACCGCGCAGCAGUCGUAGACGUAGCACCAGAAAUCCUACAGGAAAACGCGCACAGGCCACAAGCUAAACCACACUGAAGGUCAACAUGGAGACCAAAUUAAUACCAAACAUGGACAGCAGUGGACAGUGUGAACCUUGUGUUUCGAUACAAACAGCUUAUAUUGACUUAUUUUUUUCAAAUUAACUGAACAUGUAACUAAAACAAAGCUAGGCCUCUUUCUUGCAUCUUCUUCCCAAAGCAGUGCUGCAUUUCCCCUUCAAUUUUCAACUGUACUGUGGUAAAUAUUUACUUGAAACUGUAAAUAGAGUAUUUAUUACACAUGCGUUAAAAAUCAGUAAUCUGUGAGCUGGGUGCUGUUUAAUUAAAACAAAGACAGAAGACAACUUGUCCUUUUGACCAGUGAUUUAUUAAAUUAGAUGCUUAUAAAACACUGCAGAUGCUGUUAUUUCCCACGUUGUAAUGUAUCCAAUUGUCCGUGUAACAUUGAAACUGCUCAAUUGUUAGAAAGGAAAAGGGAGAAUUACCCUUUCAACUAACUGUAGCCCAUAUGAAGACAUGGUGGGGUGAAGCCCAUAAGCCCCCGCUCCUCAUCACACUUGAUACAAGCCUGCAGAAGCAAUGAUUAGGAGACCAGUUGUAGAAAGUUAAUCCACUCGGCUGAUCUAUACUUUCUCUGCAUUAGUAUAAAUCAAUUUAGUAAAUUGCUCUUGUCAUGCACGAAAAAUACCUUUAAGCACUCUUUGCUCCAGAUUUCAAGGAUAGUCCAGAGAUGUAUCAAGAGAAUGGCUGUGAAGUUUUUAAGUCACAUUUAUUAUACUUGUCUAUCCCUUUUAUCUUACAAUGAAUGUCAUGUGCUCUCUCUGUAAAAUUACAACUACCACUUACAUGUUGCAUCCGUCUCUAAAUCGCCCACAAUGCAACCUUUCCAGAGAUAAAGAUGAAUUAUGUACUGAAUAAUUGUUCUGCAUUUGGCAACCAAAGUUAUAGAUACUAUAUACUUUCCUGUAAGAGACCCAUCCACAGGUAAGUGAGACCUAUAAUAUAAACAUGACAUUCUGGCUUAGGAAUUUGCAUAGAACCUUGUGUUUCUAUGCCGUUACACUUUUAACUGCAAUACUAUAUCUGCCAUUUUGACAGGAGCAACAUUCAAUAAAAAAAAUGAGCCCUGCAAAACUCA